CUUCGGACAGCUCAAAGUAGACAAAAAUCCUACGCAGAUAAGAGAGUUCGUGAUUUGGAGUUCAUGAAAGGAGAAAAAGUCUUUUUGAAGGUGUCCCCUAUGAAAGGAGUCAUGAGAUUUGUGCGCAAAGGUAAGCUAAGUCCGAGGUAUAUUGGUCCGUAUGAGAUUUUAGAUCGAAUCGGGUCGGUGGCGUAUAAACUUGCCCUGCCUCCGAGGUUGUCUGCGGUUCAUCCCUUAUUUUAUGUGUCUAUGCUUAGACGAUAUGUUCGUGAUGAUAGUCAUAAGAUUCAGCCAGAGGAUGUGGAGCUUGAUGAGAACUUAACUUAUGAAGAAGGUCCGAUAUCUAUUCUUGAUAGGCAAAUGCGGCAAUUGAGGUCAAAAAAGAUUGCUUCAGUGAAAGUAUUAUGGCGUAACCAUCCCACAGAGGAAGCAACGUGGGAGUUUGAAGCGGAUAUGCGAAGCAAGUACCCUCAAUUGUUUGAGAUGUCAGCGGUGACUUUCCAUAUACCGUUGCGGGAGAUAGAGCUAGUGGCUGACGAGUUUGUUCGAGUGGAUUCUAUUGCUGAGAUGCUCCAUGGUCUUAGCGUGGGAUUUGGGCCAGAGUUUGAUUGUUUGAGUGAUUGUGGGUUUUUCUAUCAAUUGACUAAGAGAAAAGGGUUCGCCUGGCAAGUGGUGUUAGCUGGGUGCCAGUCACGUCUAGAAGGUAGUUUGGGACAUGAUAGGUUUUGUGCCCUCGCUCUUGGUGGAACUCGCAAAGGGCCUUCGAUUAUCUGGUACUAG